AUGAUAGCGUUCGUUAUUAAUUCUGCAACGAAGGCCGCAGUUAGCCCAUUAAAAGGACAAAUUUGCCGUGGUCUUCCGAAAAACCCGAGCUUUGCGGCGUCUACCUGGCUAGGGCAGGCUGCGCUCUCGACGCGGCCGCGAAGUUCGCAAGGGCGUGGGCGCUCCGGUGUUCGCGAAAGCGCAGCUACGCGCGCACGCGCUCCUGUUUGUGUUCAAACAAGUGACGUUGCUAUGCGGGUCCGUUCUAUUCGUGAUUUGCAGGACGCUGAAAUCCGCGGAAAAAGAGUGUUUGUUCGUUCUGAUUUGAACGUGCCCCUUGAUGGAAAGCGAAUCACAGACGACACGCGGAUUCGGGCGUCCGUCCCGACGAUCAAGUACCUCGCAGACAAAGGAGCAAAGGUGAUCGUCGUUUCGCACCUCGGGCGACCCAAGGGCGGCUUUGAGGACAAAUAUUCCUUGGCGCCAGUGGCGGAACGUCUCUCGGAACUCUUGGGAAAGAAGGUUCGCAUGGCAAAGGAUUGUAUCGGGGACGCAGUGGCGACCGAAGUAGCGGCUAUGUCCCCUGGAGAUGUUGUUCUUCUGGAGAACGUCCGUUUUUACCCUGAGGAAGAAAAGAACGACCCCGAUUUUGCGCGCAAGCUAGCGGCGAAUGCGGACCUCUACGUGAAUGAUGCGUUCGGAACGGCGCACCGGGCGCACGCGUCCACAGAGGGCGUUACCGCUUUUCUCAAACCCGCAGUGGCGGGAUUCCUCCUCGAAAAAGAGCUGGAUUAUUUGUCGAACGCAAUUGAGAGCCCGAAGCGUCCAUUUGCCGCUAUCGUUGGAGGCUCCAAGGUCAGCACGAAAAUCGCUGUUUUGGAGAAACUUCUUCAAAAAUGCGAUACAAUCAUCAUCGGAGGAGGCAUGGUAUUUACGUUUCUCCGCGCGCGCGGUCUGAAGACUGGUAGCUCGCUUGUUGAGGAAGACAAAAUUGAGUUGGCACGAGUCAUCGAGGAAGAAGCGCGCAAGCGGGGAAUCGAGCUCCUCCUACCCCUCGAUGUUGUCGUCGCCGAUAAGUUCGCCAAUGAUGCGAAUACAAAGGUCGUACCAGUGGAGGAGAUUCCGGACGGAUGGAUGGGUCUUGAUAACGGGCCAGAGACGACAAGAAUGAUCCAGGAGAAGCUUCGCACGAUGAAGACUGUUCUUUGGAACGGGCCCCUGGGCGUUUUCGAGAUGCCGAACUUUGCCAAGGGCACCUUUGCCAUUGCGGAGACUCUCGCGGAGAUCACUCAGAACGGCUGCAUCACGAUUGUGGGAGGUGGCGAUUCUGUUGCCGCUAUGGAGCAAUCAGGUAAGGCGGACAAGGUAUCGCAUAUCUCAACCGGUGGUGGCGCUGCGUUGGAGUUAAUCGAGGGGCGGGUAUUGCCAGGUGUAGCGGCGCUCCAGAGGGCGUGA